AUGAACCACCACCUCACCAGCGUGCCUGAACCGGAGGAGGAUAAAGCCGAUGAAAAGGGUCCUCAAGAGAAGAAGAAAGUGCUCUCAACUGCCUCCAGUGCUCCAAAAGUGGAGACGCCUCCUCCUGUAGAAGCUCCGAAGCCGAGGAUUAUUUUCCAGUUUUCUAUGGAUCAGAUAAUGGCUGUGCUGUACACUGGUGGUACUGAGGAUGGUUCUACCAGACGACCCGAUGCAAAUGUUUUUGCUUCCAUGAAACUACUCGGACUGAAGCUCAGUGGAUCGAUCAAGGAAGACAACUCGAUGAAUGUGGCUUUAUCAAUGAACACGUUCACGAUGUCAGAUGAACGCCGUGGUCAGACCAAGAUUCAUCAGCUCCUUGACAAGAAAUCGAACAUAUGA